UGCUUACGAUGUUCAAAAAGUACCGAGAACUUUGUAAUUCAACGAUUUCAGUUUCAAAUUUCAAAUUCGUAUCGCAAUAGUAUGUUGUUAUCAGACGCGGUUAGUUUUGCUUCUGAACAAAGCGAGCCUGCGUUAGUUCAGAUCUAGUGACAGCAAGUCUCGCCUCCAGCCACAGCGCGUGGGGUCCUCGUUGAUUGGCUGGUGGAGCGGGGUCGUGACCUGACCCAGGCAACACAGGCUCCUCAUGAUUUAGGUUCCGUUCUGAACGCUUGGUUAAAUCCGUGACGAUGACAUUUGACAGAUAUAAAAGAUAGGAGCUCGACAGGCCGCGAGUUGUUGCACUUGCAUUCUCACGCUAAGGGAGAGCGCCUGUCAGUUUUGUACACUCGCGAGUUCUGUACCUACCAACAAUGUCGGAUUAUUAUCGAAUGGAUUAUAACUGUAACCCGUACCCAUGGUACUCAUUGCCUGGGUACCUGAGCGGGGUUACAACUGCCACGACCCCUACCCUAACCCCAACAACCCUUGCCAGCAUUGAGCGCACUUUCAUCGAACUUCAGUCGGUGCCCGUCAGCUCGGCAAGCCAGGACCCCCUCACCCAGAGCGGCUUCGUCCCCCCCAUCGUCGACCCCGUGUCCCAGGAGCACUCUAGGGACGGCUACGACUACAGCGAUUCCAACUCCGACCAAGAAUGGAUCUCCUCAGCCAAACGACCCUACUCAGACGUGGACGGAAAUACACCGUCCUACCAAGGAUCCGGACGCAAAAGAAGACGUUAUGAUGAUAAGGAUUUAACUCCGGAAGAGUGCGAGCGUCGGCGAGUUCGCCGAGAGAGAAACAAGGUUGCGGCUGCUAAGUGCCGACAGCGACGUGUGGACCACACAAACCAACUUGUGGACGAAACCGACAAGCUUGAGAGCGAGAGAAGCAACCUGGAGAGUGAGAUCCAGAGUCUGCAACAGCAGAAGGAUCAGCUCGAGUUCAUCCUGCAGGCUCAUCAGCCUCUCUGCAAGGUCGAGUCCGCCAUCAACAUGAAAGUGGAUACGAUCAAAGUGAAGACCGAGCCCCGUUCUCACGUCGCCUGUGCGGCCAACCAUUCAGACUCUAAGUUCUCAACGCCCAACAGCCACAGGCCCAAUUCUCUGUCCCUCGUCAAGCAGGAAAAGCAGAAAUCUGUUGCCGGAGUUCCAAUAAGUACGCCUUCCAAUGGGCUGUUCUCCUUCAACGGAUUAGAUAGUUUAGUGGAUGGAGGCACGGGUUUAACGCCCGUCUCUACAUCGUGCGCCAGCCAAGCUCAUCGCAGCUCCAGCGAGAGCGGCUCAGAAGCAGUAGGUUCUCCUACCCUCAUUUCAUUGUAAGGACUUCCCUUGUCUUAAUUUUACCUCAUCAUUGAGCCAGUAUGACUUUGCCUUUACCCCACCCGAGGCUUUCCCGGGGGGGUACUGCUGACUGGAGUCUGUGUCCUUGUGUCGGUGUGGCGGACGUAUGCAUGGAGAGAGACGGAAGUGCCUCCGCACAGCCUCUCCACACCCAGCCUUGCCGUAUUCAUACGCUUUUGUACGGAUUUCUAAUACAUUUUGUACGACUCUUACAUGUGGACAAUGCUUCAUGUUUCCUGGCUGACCUUUUAUGGCAGCCUCACUGGACUUUAUACGUAUGUCAUGGACAGAUAUUUAUUUUCCACGUUGACCUCGCGGUUUCUGUGAAGAUCGGGUGCAUGUGUAAUACAAAGACUGAGAAAGAGAGACUCAAUUAUAUAUUUCUGUGAACAUGGAAACAGAUUCGUGCUGGUCACGUGACAAUUUGGUGCUGCGCAUGUUUUUUAUAUGAAUAUGAAGUAUCAUGUCUAGGGCUUUAUUAUGUUCUUUUCAUCUUUGUUUAUAGAAAAAAUGAGACAAUUAAAUUAUUGUCAUACGCUGAAAA